AUGGUAGAACUAGGCAGACUCAUAACCGCAAUGAUUACGCCCUUCGAUGAAGAUGGCGCAGUGGACUUCGACGAGGCAGGACGCCUUGCAUCCGCCCUCGUGGAUUCCGGUAGCGACGGUCUUGUGAUUACCGGCACGACGGGCGAGACUCCCACACUCUCUUUCGAUGAGAAGCUGGGGAUGUACGAGGCGACCAAGAAGGCUGUCGGCGACCGCGCUGCGAUUAUCGCGGGCACGACCGGCUACAAUACGGCAGAAGGCAUCGCCCUGAGCAAGGAAGCCGAGGCGCUUGGCGUUGACGGCAUACUUAUGACGGUUCCGUCAUAUAAUAAGCCGCCGCAGGAAGGACUGUACCAGCACUUCAAGACGAUAGCGGAAAACGUCAGUCUGCCCUGUGUGCUAUACAAUGUGCCGAGCCGCACCGCCCUGAAUAUGACCGACGAGACCACCGUGCGCCUCAGCCACAUCGACAACAUUGUCGGUACGAAAGAAGCCAGCAGCGACCCGGUGCAGAUUACGAAGAUAAUCCGCGACACCGACGACGACUUCAAGGUGUGGAGCGGCAACGACGACGAGACAUUCCCCAUAAUGUGCUCGGGCGGCUACGGCAUCGUUAGCGUGGCAUCCCACCUCGUCGGCAGCCAGAUAAAGACGAUGAUGGGCCUGAUUUUGGAAGGCGACAUAGAAAGCGCGGCUGCCGAACACCUGCGCCUGUUCGAACUCUUCAAGAUACUGUUCGUCGUUACCAACCCCAUCCCGGUGAAAUACUGCGUGGGCAAAGUAGGCUUUAAUGUCGGGCAGCCGCGCCUGCCGCUCAUUCCGCCGGAUGAGGGCACUGCAGCGACGCUUGACGCGGUCGUGUCGCGGUACAAUAUCGACCUGAGACUGCCCGUUGCAGUCGGAGGCGACGACUAA